AUCUUAAAGUGUCUUAAAGUGGUAAUUGAUUUCUACAUCUCAAGUAAGUAAGUGAGAGACAGACAAACAGAUAAUCAAUCAAUCAGUUUGUUUACCAACCGAUUUGCAUGAGAAUAAUCAUUGAAGAAGAAAAAAAGAAGAAGAAUUACAAGAAGAAUAAGAAGAAGAUAUCGUUUAUAGAUUAUAGCAACAGAUGUCCACCGAUUCAAGACAUUAGUGUUAAAAACAAUGGGAUCGACGCCUAACAUACCGGAGACAGUGUUGGACAACAAACUAAGAAAAAGGUCUAUUUCGAUGACACUAAACGACCCGAUCAUAGCCACCGACGCCACCACUACAACCAGCGAUGACAUCGCUACUGACGACAUCGAUAUGAUAUCCGCUACGGUUAAGAACGACAUUACCGACAGCAGUAGCAGCAGUGACUACAGUUGUGGCCCCAAUCAGCAGACCAUCUGCGACGGUGGUGAUGGUGGUGGUGAUAAUGAGGACAACAGUCAUAUUCAUCAACAAGAGUCUAUCGAUAGUACCAUUAAUGCCGACACUCAGAGUAUGAUAUCUAUAGCAUCGUCGGCGACAACAACAACCGGUCCGAAGCUGAAAAUGUCGUGUGAGAUGUGCAACAACUAUGAGAUUCAACUACAGGAGAUGCAGUACAACGAAGUGGUUAUUAGUCUUCAGCUCGAAGCUCACGAAAAGACCAUUCGUGGACUACGAGACGAACUGAAGAAAGAGCAACACUUUCGAUCAGAACUGGAGGAAAAGUUUAACGAAGACUUGAAAAACAAUGACAAAGAGAUACGCGAACUUUGUCUGAGACUCGAUGAAAGUCAACGAAAUGUCGAUUUGUUGAGCAAAAGUCACUCAGAACUGCGCAAAGAGGCCAACGAUAUUAUUGUCAAUCUGAUGGGUCAGAUGGAGGAAACGACCCGCGAAAUGGAACGCCUCCAGAAAGACAACGAACAUUUGUUAGCCAAACAUGUGGCCAAAAGUCAAGUACUGCAGAACGAGACCAUUGAUUUGCCACAAGAUAUUAGCGAAAUGCAGUUCCAGUGGCUAAAGAUCAGGGAAGAACUGAUCACCACUUUGGUGGCCAAAGAGCGUAACGAUGAGACACUAAAAAGUGARAUACUGUUCCUUAAAGAACAGAUGGCCGGCGAACAGGAAGCGAAAGAUCGAUUUGAAGAAGAGUUGUCCCACGAGAAUGAUAUGCUAAGGUCUACGAAAGAGUCAUUGGAGAUACAACUYCAUGAGCUGCGGCAACGGUGUGACCAAUCGGAUCGGGAGUUACGCGAUUCCCAGCUCUACAAGGAGUCUACUCARCAGAAACUUCAGGAGUUGACCGCACAAAUCAAUGAUCUCAACGCCACUAAGACAAAAUUUGAGUCAGAUAAUGGUGAUCUAAGAAAUCGUGUCCAAAGCUUACAACAGGAACUGGACAAUAGUGAAGCGGUUCAAAAGGAUUUUGUUAAACUGUCCCAAUCGUUACAGAUCCAAUUGGAAAAAAUUCGACAAUCGGAUAAUGAAGUUCGGUGGCAACACGAGGACGAUGUCGGCGAGUGUAAUACYUGUAAGAAACAGUUUCACUCGAAAAAAGAAAAGUCACAUUGUUGUCAUUGCGGUCGUGUAUUCUGUACGGAUUGCAAUAGCAAAGUCAUCUAUAGUGGUCCAAAAAGCCGGCCAUUCAAAGUGUGCGGUGUCUGUCAUACACUGUUGGACAAACAGACGGCCUGUUGGUUUGUCAACGAAGCUCCACAGAGUCCUACGUGAUGGUGAUGUGAUAGUUACCCGACCCGACUGACGCCUAACCUUCUCACCCUUCCUAUUGUACGCAUGACUCUCCAUAUCAUUCAAUGAUUGAAUGAUUGAUUAUUGUUUGACUUUUUGAUAAAAAGUGUUUUUUUGUUACACUUUAUUUUUAUUAAUAUUUUUGAAUUUUGUUUUUCG